CUGAGGCCCUGCUGAUAGCUGGCUGUGCUUUGGAUCCACAAAGAAAUAGCACCGGGCACCUCCCAAGCAGCUGCGCUCGGGAGCUGGAGGAGCUGCCAUCUCCAAACCAGGCGAGCCCCUGCGUGCAGGUUGCUGGCGAACCACGUGUGAGUCUCCAAAGUUAGCGGCCUGGAAUUCAGAGGGGGAUAAGGCUCAGUAAUCUUGUUAAACCCUCUGUAAAGGGCUGAUCGGGCUGUCGAGCAGCAAAACAAAGCAGCGCGAGGACUUUGCAGGCGAGGUGGCCCUGAGCAUCUUGGCGUGGAGCCGUUCACCUGCGACCGAUGUGCGUGUUGGCUGAGGGAGGGCGCCAGCCCCGGGGUGCACCGCCUUCUGCACGGGUGGGCCAUGCAUGGCACCUUUUUCUUGCUGAACUUCUGGCCUCUGGGGCCUGGCAGGACAAAGAGAGGAGACCUGUGUGUGGCACCGUUGUGGAAACACAGAUUACCUGCCUUGGAAAAAGGUUGCUUGAAAAGAUUCGGCCCACCAGGGAUGUGGUGGCUGGCUCGCCGCUUGCCGGGCUCGCCCCGAAUCCAACACCAGCCAGCUGCAUAACGAGGGGUGUUAACGCCGUCUAACUUCGGAUGUGUCAUUCCAGUGCUUUGAGUUUCCCUCGGGAGACUACUUGGGGGACCCUAUAUAUAGGCACCCUAUAUAGGAGAGUGAGUUGCUGAGUGGGAUGUCUAUAAUUAGCUGUCCCACCCCCGAGCACCGCUGCUGCCGUAGCACGUGCCCUCGCCCCGCUCCCGCUCCACCAGCAUCACACCUGCUCCGGCUCCCCGAACCCCAACGGGAUAAAGAAAUGACUUUCCUGGGGAGCAGCAGCACCCCGGUGUGCUCAGCCUCGGUGCCAAGCAGGAACCACGUGGGGCUGAGCAUCUUGCCUGCGUGGGGGACGAUGGAGCGGGGGUUUCCUGUGGGGCGAUGGAGACCCAAAGCCCUCGGUGCACCGGAGGCGACCGAAAUCGCCGCGGGAUGGGGAGAGGAGCCCGGCACGGGCGGCAGCCCCUGCGUGUGCGCAGGCAGGCGGCCAAGCCGGGCCGGCGGGAGAACAAAACUCUCUUUCCAUCUGUGAGGAGCCAUCAGAGCAAUGACACGAGACGUCCCCAGCAGAGAUGUCCCUGCCUAUCAGCAACCCGGCCCUGCGGGGAGGGUCAGGAGGAGGAGAUGGUGUUUGCUCCGUGUUGUUUGCUGGGUGGUGGUUGUUUUUUUAUUUUGGUUUGGGUUUGUUUUUUGGUUUUGUUUGUUGUUUUUUUUUUUUUUUUUUCAUUUUGCGCCAAGAGAUUUACGCUGAUUUUUUGGGGAAGCGAUUCCUGGGGCUGCUCGGGCACCAAGCUUGCUGGCGGCACAUCUGGCCUGAGCUAUUCCUGAGCUUCCAGGUGAAAAAUGGCAGGAUUUCCACCCAAGCCACCAGCUUUGUGCAGCUGAAGCCUGUGGCCCCGUGCAGUACAUCUCUUCACCGACGGCAUCACCAACAAGCUCGUGGCUUGCUACACUGACGAGGGCAUGGCGGACGCGGUGCUGGUCCGUGUCUACGGCAGGAAGACGGAGCUCUUCGUGGACCGGGAGACGGAGCUGAGGAAUUUCCAGGUGCUGCGUGCCCACGGCUGCGCCCCCGACCUCUACUGCGCCUUCCACAAUGGGCUCUGCUACCAGUUCCUGCCGGGCAUCGCGCUGGGACCCGACCACGUGCGGGACCCCCACAUCUUCAGGCUGGUGGCCCAGGAGAUGGCCCGGGUACAUGCCAUCCAUGCCAACGGGAGCCUCCCCAAGCCCAUCCUCUGGCAGAAGCUGCACAAGUACCUCACCCUCGUGAAGACGGAACUCAGCCCAAAGGUAUCCAACCCCAGCCUCCAGCAGGAUGUGCCCAGCCUGGAGAUGCUUGAAGAGGAGCUGGCCUGGAUGAAGGAAACGCUCUCCCAGCUGGGGUCCCCCGUCGUGCUUUGCCACAACGACCUGCUCUGCAAGAACAUCAUCUACGACAGGACACAAGAGCACGUUCGCUUCAUAGACUACGAGUACACCGGCUACAACUACCAAGCUUUUGACAUUGGCAACCACUUUAAUGAGUUUGCGGGCGUGAAGGAGGUGGAUUACCGCCUCUACCCCAGCAAGGAGACCCAGCUGCAGUGGCUGCGCUCCUACCUGCAGGCCUACAAGCAGCUCACCCAGGGGGACCGAAGAGGCACGGGGGUGUCUGAGGAGGAGCUGGAGGCUCUCUACGUGCAAGUGAACAAGUUUUCUUUGGCAUCCCAUUUCCUCUGGGCAUGCUGGGGCCUGAUCCAGGAUAAAUACUCUACCAUAGACUUUAACUUCUUAAGAUAUGCAAAGCUAAGGUUUAAACAGUACUUCAAGAUGAAGCCGGUGGUCACAGCCCUGCAGAUCUCGAAAUAGCAUCUCUGGCCUGUGAGACCCUGAGCUAUUUUUGUCCUUGCUGCGUCCACAGCCCUCGCAUCCCCCUCGCCCCUUCCCCACCCCAGCCGGGGGCGAGGGCAGGUCCUGAUGGUGGGAAGGUGAAGGAGAGGAACUCUGACCCAGCCACCGAUUAAAGGAGACCCUGGACAUACCUGAGCCUGGACCAUGAGAUGCUAGAGAGGACCACGGCCUCAGCGAGGCCCCUGCCUACGCAAGGAAGCCUUACCAUCGCCUUAAUGCCGAGCCCCGGCUCGGCCCCGGUGCCCGACAGGUCCGUGCUUCGCCGGCACUACUGCUGCUUAGCCUGGCACCCGGUUUGUUCCCUCUGUGCUGUCCCUGAGGGGGGAAACAGGUCCCCCCCCCCCAUCUGCUCAGGAGCCCCCCAGAGCUGCCCAGUCGCUUUAGCUGCCCAUCACACGUGCUGUGCCCGCCGCCUUUGCUGCUCCCUCCAUCCCUUCUUGCCCUUACCUGCUCAGUGCCACUUGGGCUCCCACCCCCAAACCAGCACCUUUCUUGGGUCAGUAUUGAUCCUGGGGUGUCUCUGAGCAUGGCACCCUUCUCCACGAGGGGUGGGUGCUGCUGGGCUGAGCUCAGAUGGUGCAGAGCAGCAAGGGGCAGUGGCAGCCAUGAGCCACAUGAGCUUGGGACCAGUGGGCUUUUGCUGGUGGGCGCAGGCUGCCUGUAGCCCUGUGAUGUGCUCAGCCCACGGCUGGCUCUGCUCGUCCCCACGGCCGUGGUGUCCCAGACUCCCAUUAGCUCCCUGCUCCCGUCAUGGCUUCCUUCGUAGCAUCCCCUGCUGCUGGAGCAAGAGGCGCCCAGCUCUGCCUUCCUCAUCUCCCCCAGGGCCUGGGAGGGGGCCAGUCCUGCCCCUCGCAUGGGCACCAUCACUGUGCUCCUCUCCUGGCUGUGUCCCUGCGUGGGACCCCCCACCCCCGGCAGGAGGUUGAACAGAGCUGAUCUGCUCCACGAGCCGUGCACAGCUUCAUCCCCUGUCACCGCUCAGCAGCUCCCCCCCACUGCAGGCUCUGCGAGGGCAAUCCUGACCUGCUGAGCACUAUCCAGCUCAUGACAGUGCUUGUACAUCAGCUGGGGGUGGAAUCAGACCGCUCUGCCCUUGCCUUGGCUGCUCGGUGAGUGGUAUGGGGACAAGGUGGCCAUCCCCUCUGCACUGGCGCAGGAACCUGCUCCAGAAAGAUUGGGGACUGUUGUUGCAUCUGGUGUUUGGUUUUGGUGCAAAAUAAAAGCUGCUGGUAGCUGGAAA